AUGUUUUUGACUGUUGUUGUCUCGUCGAAUUUUUUUCGUUCAUUCAUUGUGUUUUUUUGUUUGUUUCGAUUGUUUAGAGAGGAACACUCGACGUAUCAACCGGUCGUUUUAUUCAAGCACGGCGUGGACUCCGAUAGGAGAUCUCAUGGCAACGGGAAGCAACGACAAAACGGUCAAAUUCAUGAAAUUCAAUCCGGAAACGUCGAAUUUUGA